CACCGAGAGAUGUCACCGACUCUUACUCCUCGUGAUUAAGGACUGAAAGAGACUCUGCUCCCAAGAAAUUCUCGAGAUUGGCGUGGUUGCUUUCUCCUCUUUUUAUGGCUAUUGGCUGGCUCAUAAGGAUGCUCUGCUUUCGCAUUUUGGCUUAGAACUUUUCAGCUAUCGGUGUAUAUUUUUCUGUAUAUCAUACUAGGUACACGAGUAUGUGUCUGGUUUUCGAUGCAUGUUUGGUAUCUACCCCGGGCGAAGAUAAGCCUUCUCAGAUUGCUACUUCUUGAGAAUUAUCAAGUCUCAGCAUUGUCACAGGUAACGCUAUUACGCUCAAGCGAAGGCCAGUUGCUAUGCUCUAGAUCGCCUCUUAAUGUGCGGGCAUCUCAAGAUGAGAGCCGCUGCAUGCACAUACGAAGCAAUACCUAGUGCUGAGAUUAUUUCACAUCGUGCCACCUAGGAUGUCCACUUGCAACAUGGAGAAACCGUUAUUUGAGGCAUCGAUUGUUCAGACCGUCAACACUGCAGUCCCCUAGUCAACACUCCCACUGAUGAGAGACGCCUUGGGACGAAAUCUGCGUCCUCUCGUUCCCUGGCUUUGUCAAACUACGCUCAUCCAACUUGUAUCUGGAGAGCUGUACGAUUUGACUUCAUGCGAAUCUGCAGGACUGGAGUUCAUGCAUCCGUACAAGCUUUUCAUCACUUUCGCCUCUGGUGAGCUCAAUCUAGUAAAGCUUGGUUUCCUUUGUGUCAUACUAAGUCUCACGAUUAGCGUAGGUGUACACAGAGUCAACUCGACCGGCCGGUCUGCCAAGAAGUGUCUCAGGUGGAAACUCGUGAGCUAGCUCGAAUAAAAUACAUUUGACUUACGCUACUUCCCUUUGCUGCCCAUAUACGUAC